CCUGCGGGAACCGGGGCCUCCAAGGCGGGGCCCUCUGGGUCUGUGUCUGCCUCGGCUGGAGAGAUGAGCAGUAGCGAGCCUUCCACCCCGGCGCAGACCCCCCUGGGGACCCCCACCAUCCCUGGGGGGCUCCUCUCCCCUUCAGCCCCCCCACCUCCACUCCCCAGCAAGGAGGAGGAGUCUCUACGAGGUCAGGUGAAGGAUCUGGAGGAGAAGUUAGAGACUCUGAGGAUGAAGAGGACAGAGGACAAGGUCAAGCUGAAGGAGCUGGAGAAACAUAAGAUCCAACUGGAGCAGCUCCAGGAAUGGAAGAACAAGAUGCAGGAGCAGCAGAACGACCUGACAAAACAACUCAAAGAGGCCAAGAAGGAGGCGAAGGAGGCCCAGGAGGCGAAGGAGCACUACAUGGAGGAGAUGGCGGACACGGCUGACGCUAUAGAGAUGGCCACGCUGGACAAGGAGAUGGCUGAGGAGCGGGCAGAGUCCCUGCAGCAGGAGGUGGAGUCACUGAAGGAGAAACUAGAAGAGCUCGCCAUGGACCUGGAGAUCCUCAAACACGAGAUAGAGGAGAAAGGUUCAGACGGUGCUGCUUCCAGUUACCAUGUCAAACAGCUGGAGGAGCAGAACGGCAGGUUGAAGGAAGCUCUCGUCAGGAUGCGUGACUUGUCUGUGUCGGAGAAGCAGGAACAUGUGAAGCUCCAGAAGCAGACCGAGAGGAAGAGUACAGAGCUGGACACCCUGAGGACUCAGAGAGAGAAACUCCAGGAGGAGAUGAAACUGGCCGAGAGGACCAUCGAUGAACUCAAAGAACAGGUGGAUGGGGCUUUAGGAGCUGAGGAGAUGGUGGAGACUCUGACAGAGAGGAAUCUAGACCUGGAGGAGAAAGUCAGAGAGCUGAGAGAGACCGUCGUUGAUCUGGAAGCCAUCAAUGAAAUGAACGAUGAGCUGCAGGAGAACGCCAGAGAGACGGAGCUGGAGCUCAGAGAGAUGCUGGAUCUGGGCGGAGGCAGGGUCAGGGAGGCGGAGAAACGAGUGGAGGCUGCUCAGGAGACCGUAGCUGACUAUCAACAGACCAUCAAGAAGUACCGCGAGCUGACCGCUCACCUGCAGGAGGUGAACAGAGAGCUGACCAGCCAACAGGAAGCCACAGCUGAGCAACAGCAACAGCCUCCAGCUGAGAUGUUUGACUUCAAGAUCAAGUUUGCUGAGACUAAGGCCUAUGCCAAGGUGAGCUGUACACAGUGCCCUGCGCACUUUCAGAAGAGCGCCACUAAAAAUACACAGGGAAAAAUCAGCAUAUCUUGGCUUAGUCUUUUAAAAAGGUGAGCUGUACACAGUGCCCUUCUGUGUGUGUAUCUCUCUCUCUCCCUCUCUUGCUGUGUGUCUCUCUCUGUGUCUGUAUGUGUUCUGAGUGACAACUGUGUGGAGAGGAGCGGCAUGAGAGGAGCGGCUGGGGAACAGCUGAGCUUUGCUGCUGGACUCGUCUACUCUCUCAGUCUACUACAGGCUACAUUACAUAAUAAUGAGCAAGCGCUGAACCAAUGCAGUGUGGAGGUAUAUCAGAAGAUCGGGACGCUGUACCCGGAGAUGGGCGUGCACGAACGUUCCUUGGACUUCCUGAUUGACCUGCUGCACAAAGACCAGCUGGAUGAGACGGUGAACGUGACGCCACUCACCAAGGCCAUCAAAUACUACCAGCACCUGUACAGUAUCCACCUGGCAGAGCAGACAGAAGACUGCACCAUGCACCUGGCUGAUCACAUCAGGUUUACCCAGAGUGCGUUGGACUGUAUGUGUGUGGAGGUUGGUCGUUUGCGUGCGUUCCUACACACAGGGCAGGAGAAGACGGACCUGGCCGUGCUGCUGAAGGAUCUAGAGACUUCCUGUUCUGACAUCAGACAGUUCUGUAAGAAGAUCCGCCGACGCAUGCCUGGUACGGACGUACCUGGGAUACCUGCUGCACUCACCUUCCUACAGCAGGUGGCAGAUAUUCUGCUGGACUGCAGGAAGCACCUGACCUGGGUGGUGGCCGUGCUGCAGGAGGUGGCGGCUGCAGGGGCGCAGAUGGUCGCCCAUCUAGGGGAGCAGGAGGGACUCUCCGCACUCAAACUAGAGGACGUGGCCUUUAAGGCUGGAGAGCAGAUCUAUGGAACUCAAGGCUCUAACCCGUACCUCUAUAUCUACUGUCUGGUGCCUGUGCGGCAGUCCUGCUGCAUCGUCAUAGCAACCAUGAACAAGGCCACCGCCAUGCAGGAAGGAGAGUACGACGCAGAUAGACCUCCCCAGACACUUCCUCCGGUGGAGCUGCGUGCCACAGCCCUCAGAGCGGAGAUCACUGACGCAGAAGGACUGGGCAUGAAGCUGGAGGACAGAGAGACAGUCAUCAAGGAGCUCAAGAAGUCACUCAAGUUCAAGGGAGAGGAGCUGAGUGAGGCUAGUGUCCGGCUCAGUCUGUUGGAGAAGAAACUAGACAGUUCAUCUAGAGACGCAGACGAGCGCGUAGAGAAGAUCCAGACUCAACUAGACGAGACUCAGACUCUGCUCAAGAAGAAAGAGAAGGAGUUUGAGGAGACCAUGGACGCGCUGCAGGCCGAUAUCGACCAAUUGGAGUCGGAGAAGGCGGAUCUGAAGCAGCGUCUGAACAGCCAAUCAAAGAUGACCAUGGACGGGCUGAGAGGAGCGCCAGCGUCAGGCAUCGCCUCCGUUGUCACGGGGAUGACAGGAGAAGAGCAGAAAGCGACUAUGGCCAGUAUGGGUCCCAGUAUGGGUCCUGGGUCGGGGGUCCCGGUGAUAGACUCUCCUCUCCUGACACAGCAGAUUGAGGCUCAGAGACACAGCAUCAAACACCUGAAGAAUGAGAACAACAGACUCAAGGCUGAGAAGAUGCGUGCCCGAGCUGUCCUCCCUCCACCUCUCCAUGUCUCCAAAGCUCCCGCUAGAGACGUUGCUCUCACCCAGAGGUGCUCUCUAGCGCCUCUAUCGUUAAGACUGAGACCAUUACUGGGACACGUUACUGCAGCUGAGUGCCAACGUCAAAGUGGUGGAACUCACUGGCAAAUCCCCAAGGAUAUGAUGGCCCGCCCCCUCUUCUGUUCUCGGUUGUACCUGUAG